AUGGGCGCGACGGUCGUCGCCGACCGGUCCGGCGUCGCCGGAGAUUGCCCCCUCGAGGGCCGGCUCCGGCGGAAGACGGGCACGGGCGACGCCGGGUCCGAAAUUUUGUGGCUCGCGGACCCCGCGCACGCGGCGGCGCUCCAGGCCGCCGCGGGCCUGUCGCCGCCGCCCCCGGGCGCGGGCCUCCGCGUCGGCGUGCUGAACCGCAGGAGCCACCGCAGGUGGGACGCGGACGGCGCGUUCCUGAAUCGCACGCGCGCGGCGUUCCCGGACGCGACGGUCGCGGACGAGGCCUACUUCGAGGCCCUCGCCCCGGCGGCGCAGGCGGCCUGGGUCCACGCCGCGGACGUCGUCGUCUCGCCCCACGGCGCCCAGCUCUCGAACCUCGUCUUCGCGCGGAAAUGCACGGCCGUGCUCGAGCUCUUCCCCCGCCACUUCUACAUGCCCGGCUUCUACCUCGCCCUCGCGCUCCAGGCCGGCGCCGUACCCUUCGCGGGCUACGCGACGGACGACCCGGAGGGCGACCGGCCCGGCAACCGGAACCAGAAGGGCCGCUACUGGUUCAACCGCAAGUUCAAGUACCGCAAGACGGACGCGAACCCCGCCGUCGUCGCCGACGCGCUCCCGGCCCUCGCCGACGCGCGCCGGGCCUGCCUCGCCGACCUAGACGGGGGCUAG